GCGUGGAUCGCAUUUCAUUUACCUUACCACAACGCACAGGUUCGAAAAAGUUUUAGAAAAUGGUGUCAGUGCAAUCUAUUGGAACUAUAGUGUUAAAAGCAGUCAAGUUGAUUAUCAACUUGAUAAUCCUGAUUCUUUAUCGAACCGGAUACUCGGGAGAAUUCCUAGGUGUUGGUGGAACAUGGAACUUAAAUGAGGAAAAGAGUCCAGAUGCAGAAAUUGUUGCUUCUGGAGUCUUUGUUGGAUUUUUUAUCUACACGUGUGUUGUUUUAAUCGGAUUUUGCUUCGGAAACACGCAGGACAGAAGAAGUCUCACUGAAAUUAUUAUGAAUUUUGUGGGAAUGAUUAUGUUUAUCGCUGUUGGUGGUACAGCCCUUCAUUACUGGCAUGGCUAUCUGGCAGAACGCAAAUAUAUUCACGUAGCCACCGAAAGACAGGUCGGAUUGGCACUGGGUUCCCUUUGCAUAUUAGAAGGAGCAGCAUAUCUUGUAGAUUUAAUUUUAAGUUUCCUGCACUUCGCCAAGGAAGAAUUCCAAUAAGUUAAAAUAAGAUUUGAGAAUAAUUUCUCAAUUAUCAUCUUCCACAAAUUCGCAAAAAUGAAAAAAAAUCCAUAAUCCAUUUUCCUGUAAGAAAAUGAAUAGACUUUUUAAUUUCCUAAUCGUUAGACUGCUAUCAAAAGAAUAUACUUAUAACUUUUAAUUUAUGGAAUAAUAAUAAUAAUAAUAAUCCGUAUUUUAUAUUACAAACUGGAGAUUUUUCAGUUAAGUUCGUAAUAAGAUUAAAUCAAUUUUGUACCUUUAGUAUCAUAAGUUUAAAUCAAAUGAAUCAUAGAUUGCAUUUUAUUGACUUGAUUAUACCAUUAGUCAUUAAAACUACAUAUUUCGUACACCAAAGCAUAAUUAUCCAAUGAAUGUGAAAUUGUAUACAAUAUACAUAGUACUCUGCACAGAAUAAUAAUAGUUAUUUAACCAAACAAAAAAAAAAAAAAUUAGUAUUAUUAAUUUUCAGCACC